UAGCGGCACAAGGUGGUUCGCCCGUUCGAUUUUACAUAUAUAUAUAUAGCCCAAUCGUUGUACCCCCUUUCGUACUACAACCUCAAGUCGUUCGCUCAAAGAUGCUGCUGAAAUCUGUUACUCUCCUCGCACUCUCUGCCUUUGCAUCUGCUAUGCCUGUGAAGCGGGCUGCAGUGACAGAUUCGGACAUCUUCCAGAUUGCGUUGACUCUUGAACACCUGGAGAAUGCGUUCUACACUGAGGGCUUGAAGAAGUACGACGCGGCAGCUUUCAGAAAAGCUGGGUUCCCGGACUGGGUACGAGAGAGGAUAACCCAAGUGGCGGAACACGAGGCUACACAUGUCAAGUCCUUGGAAAAGAAACUCGGUAGCGCUGCCACCCAGCCUUGCACUUACCAGUUCCCAGACACCGACGCAAAGUCGUUCGUAACUCUCGCUGGGGCACUCGAAUGGGGUGGCGCCUCUGCCUACCUUGGUGCGAUAUCACACCUCACCGACCCAGACGACAUCACAGUGGCUGGUUCCAUAUUGGCCACGGAGGCUCGACAAGCAGCUUGGAUUAAUUCAGCGGCACUCAAAGGUUUCCCAUGGGACGGGAGUUUCAACACCCCUCUUACCGCGGAUGAAGUUUUGGGUAUCGUUCAAGGGUUCUUCAAGACAUGCCCUGCUUCGAACCCUAAGCUCAUCGCUGCGCCAUUCCCGAGCAAAUUGACUGUUGGGAAGGCGGUCUUGGGACACAACGUCGCGGUGACAUUUACACCUCCAUCUGGGUCCACGCAGCAGUUCUAUCUUGCUUUGAGGUCAGGCCUUAAGACGCACGUCAGUCCUAUAGUAGGAGGACAAGCCAAACUCCCUGCUCAUUUGCAAGGGAAUGUGUUCGCUACCGUUGUGGACAAUCCUAAUGUCACCACGGAUGCUAAUACUGUUGCCGGGACUGCCGUUUUGACCUUCCCUCUCCCAGCGAAUGCUCACAAUUCCUAAUCGCCUCAUUACCAUUGCUACGUUCUUUCUUCCUGUGAAACUAUUUAACUCUUGGAGCGCCCGUUUAAACCCGGGCGGUCCCCACCAUUCAUUUCUGCGUUUUGUUCAUUGGACACAUCAUAUUUAUAAGAUUCCCCUGUUGUGAUAACCCAUUUGUUUGUGACCAUGAGGACGAUUGUUUGUUUACAUCUAAAACUAUCAUGAUGUGCUGCGUCGACCGUCAAUAUUACUGUCAUUCGUUUACUGUCAUUCAUUACAUGGCCUGCAGCAUAUUGCGAAGUUUCCCUUUAUUCGCCUAAACUCCUUAAUUAUGAGAUUGCACACCAUAGGCCAGUGCCAAGACUCUAACUCCUUCAACUCCUUGCCCAUAAUGAUGUGGAGCGCACCCACUCGCUUUUGACGUACGUUGGGUGACCUUUUGCUACUUCUUUAUUG